GCCUCACGCACCCUCCUCUGCACGCCCAACUCCCCCCCGUGUCUACUCCACUCUGCAAAUAUGGGAGAGCAACUCAAGUUCCGCGGCCAGCUGGUGGCUCACGAGGACUGGGUCACGUCCAUCGCGGCCACCUCGGAGAACCCGGACAUGAUCGUGUCCUCGUCCCGCGACAAGAGCAUCAUCGUCUGGAAGCUCCAGCGCGGGGAGGACCAGUACGGUUACCCCCACCGCUCGCUCACCGGCCACUCCCACUUCGUGUCUGAGGUCGUUAUCUCCUCCGAUGGACAGUUCGCGCUGUCCGGGUCGUGGGACGGAACCCUGCGGUUGUGGGAGAUCCAGUCCGGCCGCACCACCCGCCGGUUCGUCGGCCACGCGAAGGACGUUCUUUCGGUGGCCUUCUCGGCUGACAACAGGCAGAUCGUGUCUGGGUCCCGCGACAAGACCAUCAAGCUGUGGAACACCCUCGGGGAGUGCAAGUACACCAUCCAGGAGGACGGUCACACGGAGUGGGUGUCAUGCGUACGGUUCUCCCCGUCGCCGUCCGCCCCCGUGAUCGUGUCGGCGGGAUGGGACAAACUCGUCAAGGUCUGGGCCCUGUCGAACUGCAAGCUGCACACCAACCUCAUCGGCCACACCGGGUACUUGAACACGGUGACAGUGUCGCCGGACGGGUCGCU